AUGACAAUCACUAUUACCGUCGAGAAAGAUGGCUAUUAUGAGGUCAACGGGAUGCGGCAUGAGCCCACUGUCUCUCUUUAUGUGAUUCCGGCCGCAUCGAAACUACGCCGAAUGUUGAAGGACACCAAGGCGCUCAUCGUCUGCCCCGGAGUAUACGAUGGCCUCUCUGCUCGAAUUGCUAUGGAUCUGGGGUUCAAAGCCAUGUAUAUGACUGGCGCAGGAACGACUGCCUCACGCCUGGGGAUGGCGGAUCUUGGUUUAGCCCAGCUUCAUGACAUGCGCACCAAUGCGGAGAUGAUUGCCAAUCUUGAUCCGUUUGGCCCUCCCCUGAUUGCGGACAUGGAUACGGGUUAUGGAGGUAUGAGAGGCCCUACCCCUUCAAAGACUCUGAAUGGGCUCAAUAGGGUUUCAAAGCUGACACGUUUAACCCCAGGCCCUCUCAUGGUAUCCAAAUCGGUUCAGCAGUAUAUUCAGGCUGGUGUGGCUGGAUUCCAUAUCGAGGACCAAAUCCAGAAUAAACGCUGUGGCCACCUUGCUGGAAAGAGGGUGGUGAGUCUAGAAGAAUACAUGACGCGUGUUCGGGCAGCCAAACUGACCAAGGACCGUCUACACUCGGAUAUUGUUCUCAUCGCACGAACUGAUGCCCUGCAACAACAUGGAUAUGACGAUUGCGUCGCCCGCUUGAAAGCGGCCAGAGAGAUCGGGGCUGAUGUGGGUCUCCUAGAGGGUUUCACGUCGAAGGAGCAGGCAUGCCAGGCAGUUCAGGACCUAGCUCCCUGGCCUCUUCUUCUUAACAUGGUUGAAAAUGGUGCCAGCCCGGUUAUUACCACCAGAGAGGCAGAAGAGAUGGGAUUUCGCAUUAUGAUCUUCUCGUUUGCGUCCCUUGUCCCCGCCUACAUGGGCAUCCGAUCAGCCUUGGAGCGCCUUAAGACUGACGGAGUGGUCGGAACCCCCGAUGGACUUGGGCCUCGUAAGUUGUUUGAGGUCUGUGGACUCAUGGACUCUAUGAGGGUAGAUACAGAGGCAGGAGGGGAUGGCUUUGUCAACGGUGUCUGA